AUGAACUUUGUAUUGAUGGCUGAUGAAUUAUAUAAGAAAGGAAUUGAUGGAAGCCUUUUGAGAUGUUUAGGUCAAGCUGAUAAGGAUAUUGCUUUAGGAAAAGUUCAUAGAGUUUUGCCAUUAGAGAUUAAUCUCCAUACGUUAAGAAUAUUGAGCCAAGAUAAUUUUUCAGUUGAUGAUUAUUGGAAUGCAAUGUAUGAAGAGUUGAAUGGUUUAGACUCAGAACGCAUUUUGGCACUCGAAAACAUGAUUCAACAAAAAGAAAGUGUUGCUCGAAAUUAUAAUCGUCGAAUAAAGGAGAAAUGUUUCAAUAUAGGAGAAUUGGUUUUAAAAGUUGUGUUGCCGAUGAAAAAGAAGUCUAGGUUUCUUGGCAAAUGGUCUCAUACUUGGGAAGGACAUUUUCAAGUGAUUGAUUUAUAUUCUAAAAAUGCAUAUCGAAUUAAGGAUAUUGAUUCUGGAAACGUGAUUAAAUCGAUAAAUAGGAAAUAUUUGAAACAAUAUCGAUGUAUGCAGGAUCAAGAGUAG